CCUCGUCCACUUGUGGGGCAGCAGCAGCCAUGGGCACUGGCUGGAUCCUUCCAGUGAUGCUGGUGCUUCUGCUGGGGCCACCCCUGGUCCCCGGAGGGGGAGGGAGGCAGGGGCCCUCAGCCCCGCGCCGGUUCCUGCACCAGGAUAAGUCCGAGUGCCGCUUCUCCAACGUGACGGGGCGGGAGCAGGUGCGCUUCCUGUACAGGUUCAUCUACGACCGGGCAGAGAUUGCGCGCUACGACAGCGCCCGGGGCCGGUAUGAUGCCCUUACACCGCUGGGGGAGCCUGACGUGCAGCUCUGGAACAGCCAGAAGGAGGAGCUGGAGUUCUGGCAGAACAAGGUGGACACCUUCUGCCGGUACAACUAUGGCGUGGCUGCGGCCGGGAGCAUAGUGGGCAGGAGAGAGCCGCGGGCUUCCGAGUCGGCCAGGAGCAAAGUGUGGACGGGGGUCAUGGGGGCCCUGCUGGGCAUGGUCUACCUGGCCGUAGGGCUCUCCCUCUACCUGAGGAGCAAGAAAGCGUCUGCCAUCCAGCAGCCUCCAGGUAAAGCCUCUCCCUGCCUCCUCCCCAGUCACUGGUGCCCUUUUCCAUCCUGCCUUUCCCCAGAUGCUUGUCCAGAGUGGGGGUGCAAGUCUGAAGGGGGCCCCCCUGGUUAAUUGGGGCACUUUUUGCAGAGGUAUUUCAUUUUCAGGGGUGGGCUGCAGUCGGGGGAAAGAGGUCUGAACUGCAAACCCAGCGGCCAGUGACGGGGCUUUUUUGCAGUGCUCAGACCCAGGAGAGAAGGGCAGCCAGACUUUGCCCCGGCAGGGACUGGCCUGCUCCGCCCUCCUUGCUUCUGCUCUGCUCCUGUCGCACCCCCCAAAUUGAGCCCUCAAUGCACAGG